UAUUUGUAUUUUAAAUGUUUCUUAAACAAAAGUCAGUCACAGGUUAUAUAUAUAAAAAUAUAAGAUAUGAAAGAUCAGAUCAGCGGAAGCAAAGUUGGGAGAAGUUUUCCUGUUUUCAAGUGAAGUAGGCUGAGUCCCAAAUAACUAUCUUCCCCUCAGAUACUAGAAAUGGAUGCUGAGACAGUGGUGCAUACUGGAGGUUGCCAUUGCAAGAGUGUGAGGUGGAAAGUGGUUGCUCCUUCAAGUGUUGUUGCAUUGGACUGCAACUGCUCUGACUGCUCCAUGAGAGGCAAUACUCAUUUUGUUGUGCCUGCUGUCAAUUUUCAGCUUUUAGGGGAAUCUUCCAAGUUUAUUACAACUUAUACCUUCGGCACUCACACUGCAAAGCACACAUUCUGCAAGAUCUGCGGUAUAAGCUCGUUCUAUCAUCCGCGGUCGAACCCGGAUGGUGUUGCGGUUACUUUCAGGUGUGUGGACCCUGGAACAUUGACACACAUUGAAAUCAGGAAGGCUGAUGGCAAGAACUGGGAGAGCUGGUUUAAUCAGUCAGACAUCUCUUCAUUUUCAAAGGUUCAGAAGUAACUCCCUACAAGAACUGGGACAUAGAUGAGAUCAAUAGGGGAUUCAUUACUCUCUCUCUCAUUUAUUUCUGGUUCCACUUAUAGAAUUAUAGGUGAGAGAUCACAUUGGAUUCUCUCGAGUGUUAAAAAAACUGGAAGAUAUUUUUCCUUCCACUUCUUUUCUGCUUUUGCAUUACUGUAUGUAAGUGCCCGCAGAUACUUGAACAUUAUGAAUAUCUGGGUGUGGAUUUGGUAUCCCAAACCAACAUGCUCACAAUUGACCUAAAAACAAGAAAAAGAAAGAGUCACGAACAAGUUAUGUCUCUUUGACCGA